GCUGGCUAGUUGGACCACAGAGCACACUAUCUGGCCAUAACUACGUGAGUGUCAAUGGACUGGAUGAUGGGGCAUGAGGAGGUGAACUGUGCUGCUGACCGGGAUGCUGGGUCACUGAAACCAGGCUGUUGAUCACCCUCAGGGAGGGUGUAAGUUGAGGAAGUGCCGUCCCACUCACCUGUGCCUGCUGACCGCCUCUACACUUUAGCCCCGCCCCUCGCCCUGGCCCCCGGUCAGCCUCCAACAUGGCUGUUGCAGUCUGGAUCGUCUUCACCUGUGCAGUGGCUUUCAGUAACAUUACUCCAUCCUCGCAAGCUCUUAGUCGGUCAAUGAUGCCCUUCGGCUUGAUGCGUCGAGAGCUGGCGUGCGAAGGCUACCCGAUCGAGCUGCGCUGCCCUGGAAGUGAUGUCAUCAUGAUUGAGACGGCCAACUACGGCCGCACUGAUGACAAGAUCUGCGAUGCGGACCCCUUCCAGAUGGAGAAUGUGCAGUGCUACCUGCCUGACGCCUUCAAGAUAAUGUCACAGAGGUGUAAUAACCGCACCCAGUGUGUGGUGGUGGCGGGGUCGGAUGUGUUCCCAGACCCCUGCCCAGGGACUUAUAAGUACCUGGAGAUCCAGUACGAGUGUGUUCCCUACAUCUUUGUGUGUCCGGGGACGCUACUGCGGGUGCAGGCGGCCAGCUCUCUGCAGGAGGCGGAGCACCAGGCGGGGGCAUGGUGUAAGGACCCGCUGCAGUCUGGGGACCGUCUGUACGUUAUGCCCUGGACCCCCUAUCGCACCGACAUGCUGUACGAGUAUGCCUCCUGGGAAGACUUCAAACAGAACCGCGCCACCACCACCUACAAGUUGCCCAACAGAGUUGAUGGCACGGGCUUUGUGGUGUAUGAUGGUGCAGUAUUUUACAACAAAGAACGUACACGAAACAUAGUCAAAUACGACCUAAGGACGCGCAUCAAAAGCGGUGAGGCCAUUAUCACAAAUGCCAACUACCACGACACCUCACCCUACCGUUGGGGAGGGAAAUCGGACAUUGACCUGGCUGUGGAUGAGAACGGCCUCUGGGUGAUCUAUGCCACUGAGGCCAACAACGGACGACUCGUGGUCAGCCAGGUGAACCCUUACACCCUGCGCUUUGAAGGCACCUGGGAGACCAGCUUUGACAAGAGGAUGGCAUCCAAUGCCUUUAUGGCAUGUGGUGUGCUUUACGCAGUGCGGUCCGUCUACCAGGAUGAUGACAGCGAAGCAGGUGGCGACCUGGUGAUGUAUGCCUACAAUACCAACCAUGCCCGUGAGGAGCCUGUCAACAUCCCUUUCCCAAAUCCCUACCAGUAUAUUUCCUCUGUGGACUACAACCCUCGAGACAACCAGCUCUAUGUCUGGAACAACUAUAACGUGCUGCGCUACCCUCUGGAGUUUGGACCACCAGAUCCAACCACAGGUCCUCUGACCACUACUCAAGUGACCACCACUCUUCCAGCCAGGCCGUUCACCUCCAGUACCAGCCCCUCUACCGCCCGCCCUCUGGCCCCUACAUCACGCCCAAUCGGCUCCAUCAACAAGCACCCUGAUCUUCGGCCAAUUACAGCCACUGUGCCUGUCACCCGCCGGCCACCCCGCCCUCCUCAAGGCCCAGAGCCGCAUGUCUGUGAGGCCAAGCUGGUUCGAGGUGUCCAGUGGCCUACCACACAGAGAGGAGAAACAGUAGACCGUCCGUGUCCCAAAGGAUCUCUCGGCAUCGCUUCGUUCCAGUGUUUGGCUGAGCAGGUCAUGUGGAACCCGCGGGGUCCUGACCUGAGUAACUGCACCUCCCCGUGGGUCAACCAGGUGGCCCAGAAGAUAAAGAGUGGUGAGAAUGCUGCCAACAUAGCUGGUGAGCUGGUGAACCACACACGAGGUCGGAUCCAGGCUGGAGAUGUCAGCUCCUCCGUGCGACUGAUAGAGCAACUGCUGGACAUACUGGAUGCCCAGCUUCAGGCCCUGAGGCCCGGAAACAAGGAGUCAGCUGCACGGAACUACAACAAGCUCCAGAAGCGAGAGCGGACCUGUCGGGCCUACAUCCAGGCGGUGGUGCAGACAGUGGAUAAUUUGCUACGUCCUGAGGCUCUGGAGUCGUGGCAGGACAUGAACAGCACAGAGCAGGCUCACACUGCUACCAUGCUACUGGACGUACUGGAGAAAGGAGCUUUCCUUCUGGCCAACAACAUGUAUGGGAAUCGCUUUUCUGACCGAGCGCCCAGCAUUGAUCUCGAGGUGCAUGUUCUAAACACAGAGAUGGACCUGCAGGACUUGUCCUUCCCACAGAACUACGCCAGCGACAGCACCAUUCAACUUUCAGCCUCCACUAUCAAGCAGUACAGUCGCAACGGACAAGUCAAGGUGGUGUUCAUUCUGUAUAAAAACUUGGGAUCCUUCCUGUCCACUGAGAAUGCCACAGUGAAGAUGGAAGUGGAGGCUGGGUCAAGCCAUGACCGGAAACGCCUGGCGGUUAAUUCCCAUGUAAUCGCUGCCUCCAUCAAUAAAGAGUCCAGCAGAGUGUUUCUCACCGAGCCGGUGGUCUUCACACUCAAACAUCUACAGUUGGAGAAUUAUUACACUCCAAAUUGCUCCUUCUGGAAUUACUCCGAACGCUCCAUGACAGGCCAGUGGUCCUCGCAGGGCUGCAGGCUGCUGGACACCAACAAUACGCACACCACCUGCUCCUGCAGCCACCUCACUAACUUCGCCGUGCUCAUGGCUCACCACGAACCCGAUUACCAGGGGCGAAUGCACGAACUGAUCCUAUUUGUGAUCACCUGGGUGGGGAUAGUCAUCUCGCUAGUGUGUCUAGCCAUCUGUAUCUCCACUUUCUGCUUCCUGCGGGGCCUGCAGACCGACCGCAACACCAUCCACAAGAACCUCUGCAUCAACCUCUUCAUUGCCGAGCUGCUCUUCCUCAUCGGCAUUGACAAGACAGAUUACCAUAUUGCCUGUCCCAUCUUUGCUGGCCUUCUGCAUUUCUUCUUCUUGGCUGCCUUCUCCUGGAUGUGUCUGGAGGGUGUGCAACUCUAUCUCAUGCUGGUGGAGGUCUUUGAGAGCGAGUACUCCCGCAAAAAGUACUACUAUCUGUGCGGCUACUGCUUCCCCGCACUGGUGGUGGGCAUCUCCGCGGCCAUAGACUACAGGAGCUAUGGGACCAAGAAAGCAUGCUGGCUGCGAGUGGAUAACUACUUCAUCUGGAGCUUCAUUGGACCCGUUUCAUUUGUUAUUAUGCUCAACCUCAUUUUCCUCAUGAUCACUUUACACAAGAUGAUACGCAACUCUUCAGCACUCAAACCUGACUCCAGCCGCCUGGAUAACAUUAAGUCAUGGGCUCUGGGGGCCAUUGCCCUGCUGUUCCUGCUGGGGCUGACGUGGGCCUUUGGUCUCCUCUUUAUCAAUGAAAACACAGUAAUUAUGGCCUACCUUUUCACCACCUUCAAUGCCUUCCAGGGCAUGUUCAUCUUCAUCUUCCACUGUGCCCUACAGAAGAAGGUCCAUAAGGAGUACAGUAAGUGUCUGCGUCACUCCUACUGCUGCAGCCGCACCUCCACCACCAGCUCCCACGGCUCCCUGAAGAACUCGGGUCUGCGUGCCAACAACCGCUACUACAGUGGCAGCCAAGCUCGCCACGCAGCGGCCCACAGACAGAGUCGGAUCCGCAGGAUGUGGAACGACACGGUUCGGAAGCAGACGGAAUCUUCUUUCAUGGCGGGAGAUAUCAACAGCACCCCGACACUCAACCGUGCAACCAUGGGCAACCAUCUCCUGACGAACCCGGUGUUACAGACUCGCACUGGUACCUCUCCUUACAACACUCUGCUGGCUGAGAGCUUCACCCCGCCCUCACCUGGUGUCUUCAACUCUACUGGAACCUUCCGUGACCCAAAGAGCACGUUAUCUAAAGUCCGCGACCCCUGUGGGAUGGAAACCCUGCCGCUGAACGGUAACUUCAACAACAGCUACUCCCUGCGCAGUGGCCCAGGGGGUGGAGGCGGGGGCAGCUGUGAUUUCCUAGGUGGCGGGGGUGAAGACAGUCCCCCGCCCCUCCUCAAUCCCCGUGGCUCAGAGGCCCUGGUAGGCGGUGGCAUCCGACGAAACCUCUCUGAUGCUGCAGCUUUUGAAAAGAUGAUCAUCUCUGAGCUUGUGCACAACAACCUUAGAGGUGGUGUUGGAGGAGGAAGUGGAGGAGGUGAUGUAGGGGACAGGGUGUGUGGCAGCCUGGCCAGGGGACGUCCUCACGUUGGAGUUGGAGGGGGCACAACGGGGACUGGGCCAGAGCCGUCAAUAAGCAUGGAUGAAGAAGAGGACUUUCUGAGAGACGGGCGGCAGCGCACCCCGCAGGAUGUGGAGCUGCUUUAUAAAGCUCUAGAGGAGCCCCUGCUAUUGCAACGUGCCCAGUCAGUCCUCUACCAGAGCGAUCCAGAGGAGUCAGAGAGCUAUACGGCUGACCUCACCGAGAGCCUGGGCCACAGCGGCCACAGUGGCCAGAGUGCUGGCGGGCAGGGAGGCAACAGAGCGCCUGACUCCCCGGCCCGUGACUCCCUGUACACCAGCAUCACCAACCUGCGAGACUCACCCUACCCCGACAGCAGUCCUGAGCCCCUGGAGGUGGUGCCCCGUUCGGCCCAGCCCCCUGAGGAGCUGUACUACAGCUCCGGAAGGCCUGCCCUGGGCUCUCGUGGGGCCCCCAUGCAGACCUUCUACCAGGCCCCACCCCGGAGACCGAGUGGGGAGGGACACCAGGCUCAGGAGCCUGCCCACAACGAGGGAGACGGACAAAUGCAACUGGUCACCAGCCUGUGACUGGAGCCUGAAGGAAGAAGUUGGGGACUAAUGUGAUGGCCAUUGUCGCCUCCUAGCCCAUCUCGUUCUCACGUCUCUCCACUUUCUGCUUGUUUGGUUGCCUUUCUUUCUCUUGACUUUUAUUUAACUAACAGAUGAGCAAACAGAGUGACCUUCAGGGGGAGUUGUGGCUGACUCUGCAGAAGCAGCCUUUAUCUUUGACCUUCCCCCAUGUUAUGGAGAUGAGUGAUGGGGGUUUUCCUGCAGAGCAUUCAUCCACUUUCUCCAACCUGAGUCCUCCCCAGUUCCUUUGGUACUUUAAGGCCAAGUCCAGCACUCUGAAUGUACCGAUCCACCCCCUUUACCUUCAGAUAUUUCAAAACUUUUAAACUUUGUUAAAGUUUUUUAUGUAAUUUCUCUUCAGACCUGCCUCCGGAGAUGGGAAUAUCAUUUUAUAUUUUAUCUCAUUUCUCUUUCGUACCAUCCAUAGGUCUUUUUUGAGUCAUCAUUUGAUAGGAGUACUUAGCUGUGGAGACAGGGAAUAUAGUACACUAUUAUAACCUAAAAAAUGUCUCAAAGAAAGCUCUUCAUUGUUGCCAAAAAUAUCUUUUAUUGAGCCAGAACAGAAACUAGAACAUUCACAAGGCAAACACGCACUCACACACACGUACACACACAUGCAUACACUCACUUAUCCAGAAGUGCUCAUUACUGAACAUCAAAAGUGAAAACAGUACUCCAUCUAAGUAAAAGGGAGCGAGAGCUUUUGUUCCAAGCAGGCAGUGGAAGCUGAUUAAGUGUAGUUGCCUUCAUUUUCUCUUGCUGUGAAUCGACGACUAUGUACAGAAGUGGAGUAGAGGCGGAGGCGCUGCAUCACCCCUCCAGAGCAGGAGAACCUUCACCCAUAUGACUGGCCAAUCCUCUCCACUGUUCUCUCUGGUUGUUUGCUUUAGGCAUUUGAAAAGUUAAAUGACUGCCUUGCUAUUAUUUUGGAGAGAGUAUUCAUUUUGUUGACUUUGGAUCUGCAUCCUCUGGGGGCUGCGAGUGUGGACCGCUGUCGCUCCCUCCCCCCCUGUACUUUGCUGUUAGAGCCUAGCCAGAUGAAGUGGACUUGUUUCCUGUGUGUGGUUGUGACAAGCAAGACUGUAAAUGUCGCAAACGCACUGGUCGACCAUUUGGUAUAACUGUGUACAUAGGAACCACACAUGAAUCUACUUUAUUCCUACUAUGUAAAUAGAGACACCAGAUGAUCAAAAGCAACAAAAAGUAACAAAUACUAUGAGAAAUGACUUCUUGUACUGCAACAAACCAACAAAAGAAAAAAAUAAAAUGUUUUGGAGUUUGUGACCUGAAUGAUACACUCUAUCUCUCUCCCCUGUUGCUUGAUCUCUCGCUCUCUCGCUCUUCUGUGCCCCAGCACUGUGCCAUUCAGUGAAAUCCAAUGGAGAGAGAGAGACAGAGAGAGAGAGAGAGAGUGAGAGAAUUUAUGAUGUGUAGUAGAUUUUAUUUAUACAAAUUAAAAAUGGAACUAAAAAAUCCUGGCACAAUUUUUAUGUAAUAUAAUUCAUUACAUGUUGUUAAUAUUUGACCUUUGACAUUCCCGGGGUGGAAUUG